CGGACGCGUGACGCCAUCCUCCAGACGCGCCGCCAGCAUGGCCGACCCCCUCUACGAGCUGCUCGUGCCGCACUUCGACGCCCACGGCCAGCAGCGGCCCUCGCCCACCGAUGCCGUCACCAACGCCUACCUCGCCCGCCUGACCACGCUCCCGCUCGACGCCCUCACGACCUCGGAGCAGCAGUCGCUGUCCCAGAGCGCGCAAUCGGUCCUGCGCUCUCUGCAGGCCCUCUCCAAACGCUCCCACAAGCCAAUCAUAUCCUCGGCCGACCGCCUGCAGCACCUUCAAGACACAUUGCCUCAGAUUGGCCGAAAUGCAGCCACCGUGCAGGCCGAGCUGCCCAAGCUGGAGACGGCUGCCCAGACGUUCGCGGACAAGUACAGCAAGAGCGGCGACAAUCCCAUUCUAGAAAAGCGGAGGAACGCUAUGCUGCUGUCUCGGAACAUUGACCGCGUAGUCGACGUGCUGGAGCUGCCGACGCUGCUGUCGUCUGCCAUCUCGUCGUCCACCGCCGCCCAAGCCGCCUCUGGUGCUAGCUCCGUGACAUCCAACGCCAACUAUGCCUCUGCACUCGACCUCCACGCCCACAUCAAACGCCUGCACACGCUGUACCCUACCUCGCAGCUCGUCUCGUCUCUCACCGCACAGGCUGAGCAGGAGAUGAAGACAAUGACCACCAACCUCAUUGCCUCUCUGCAGUCACAAGGCGUUAAACUGGCAGGGGCUAUGCGUACAAUUGGUUGGCUGAGGCGCGUUGCUCCUGAGCUCGACGAGGCGUGGUCCACGAGGCAGACGGGGAUCGGCAGUGGUGAGGGCAGUCUGGGUGCUCUCUUUCUGGUGUGCAGGCUGGGAUGUCUUGAGUCUAUGCUCGGUGCGCUCGACCCCCUGCGCGAGCUGGCAGACCAAGAGACCGACCGACGGCUUGACGGCAGUGCAAAGACCGAAGGCGGCUGGGCAGUUGGCCAACAAACCGAGAAGUACUUGAAGAAGUAUCUCGAAGUCUUUCGUGAGCAGAGUUUUGCUGUCAUCUCCAUGUACAAGAGCAUCUUUCCAUCUGCACUGCCUGCACCCGGGCAGGACGAUGCUGCACCUGCAGUCAAGCCCGCCGCUGAGUCGAACCCACUGCAGCCCAUUCCCUCAGCAUUGGCGACCUUCCCUCUGCAUCUCGUGGAGAUGCUCUUCGACACAUUGCGCGAAUACCUCCCCAACGUGCAAGACCGCUCAGCGCGGGACUCGCUGCUCACACAAGUCCUCUACUGCGCCGGCUCGCUUGGCAGACUCGGUGGCGAUUUUAGUAUGAUGAUCGCACUGCUGGAAGAAGACCUGAAGGCCGAGCUAGAUAAUCAGGACGAGGCAACCGCCAGCCAAGAGAAAGAAGAAGAGUGGGUGGAGGUGAUGAAGAAGCACCGCGUGCAGGCGUCCAGACUGGAACUGCUAGCAUCGGGUGUCGGCACUGGCAGGACGAGCAGUCCAGUUGAGAGAGUUGCUAGUCCGCUCAAGUGAACAUGGUAGGCUCUUCGCUCUGCUUCGACCUGUGCUGCCCACCUCCUUCACACUUGUAGUUCUUACGGUGCAAGCUCGUCCUGUGGCCCUUGCGACCGACUGAAAUACUGAAAGCGCGUUGUCGAGUCGAAUGCUUAGUAUAGCAGCAAGCCUCUCACGCGUCCUGAGAGGCGAC